UAAAAAUUGACGUAUUCGUUCAAUUCUCAAUUUUUAUUGUUAUUGUGGUGUCUCGGCUUGUAUAUAUUCAAAUAUCUUUUUUUAGACGUUCGAUUUCUUGAUUUUAUAUUACAAUGUUGUGUUUUGAAAUAUCGUAACUGUGAAUAAAUGUUACUUCAUAUUUUGGUGUAGCUGUACGUCAAAUACCAAUCGAUACUUAAUCUCCAUUGCCUUCUUAUACAUCUAACUUAUUUUAAAAGUCCCACAAAAAGCACUUUUUAAGAUGGAGGAUGCCUCGUUGCCGUUACACUUAGAACCAAUGCACUCAGAACAGACUUGCGACAAACGGCUGUGGAUCGGGAACCUGGAUCUGAGAGUCAAUGAGUAUCAAUUACUGAAAAUGGUCCGCGUCUACGGCAACAUUGAGAAGUUUGAUAUGCUGUUUCAUCGGAGCGGGCCGAAUGCUGGCCAGCCAAGAGGUUUCGCCUUUGUCACAUAUAAGUUGAAACAAGAUGCCAUAAAAGCCAUGGCCUCACUGAACGGACAGCUCCUUGGAUCUAAAAGGAUUUGUGUCAAAUAUGCCAAGAACACAUCAGAUGAACAGGAAAAGCCAAAACCAGAAUUUGGUAUUGCAGCACUGUCCGGUGUUAAGCCAGAGUUUAAACUUAGCAAAAAAACGGCCAUACAGUCUAUAGAGGCGAAACUAAAGAUGAUGGAAAAUAUGAAAGCUGGUGAUGACUUUGUCAUCAACAGGUUGGCCGCUAAUGAAGCUCCAGUGAUCACUCAAUAUCAAACAAAACAACAUCAGCCCCCGAAUAGGACUAUUAGCUCAUUCAAAAGGCGACAUCCCUACCAUAAGAAGAGAUAAAAUUUUACUAUUUUAACCACCGUUAUGGUUAUUUUCUUCAAAUAUUAUGACUUUACAACAAAUCUAAUAAAUCAACUUAAUUAUUUGUAAAUCUAAAUCUCUAGAUUAACAUUUUUUUUAAAUAUAUUUUAAUAUCGUAAUAUCUUCGCCUUAAGUAAAAAUUUUACUCUUGGCUUGUUCUUGCCCUUAACUCACUCGUAAUACUCUCAAUGUUGCUUAAAUUUUGUGUAUAGCAAAUUCUCUUAACUUAUUAAGUAAACUCUCAAUAAUUAGUAUAAGUGUAGCAUAAGAAUGUUAAGGUUAAAGAAUUACUAAGAUUAGAUUGAUAGUUUUGUUAAAGUGUUUUACAAUGGCUUUAAAAUUUAUAUUGAAUAUACUCUUAACGGUUUCUGAAGUAGAUCCUCGAAUAUGCCCUUCGUGUUCACUAGAAAAAUAUUACCCAUUAGACAUGUUGCGUUAUGAGAGACAGUUCAAAUUAAAACCACUAUGAAUAAAUAA